AUGGGCGUGGGGGGUAGGAUGAGGGAUGUGAGAAUCGCGCGACGGGCGCGAACGGCGCGGACGACGACGCGGACGGCGCGGAUGACGACGCGGGCGUCCGUGGGCGCGGGCGCGGGUGAGCGCGUGGUGGACGUCGAGCUCGCGGCGGAGGCGAAGACGUCGUACCUGUCGUACGCGAUGAGCGUCAUCGUUGGACGCGCGCUGCCGGAUGCGCGGGACGGGUUGAAACCGGUGCAUCGGAGGAUUCUGUUCGGCAUGCACGAGCUCGGGUUGCGGAGCGAUAAACCGCAUAGGAAGUGCGCGCGCGUGGUCGGGGACGUGUUGGGGAAGUUUCAUCCGCACGGUGAUGGGGCGGUGUACGAGGCGUUGGUGCGGUUGGCGCAGGAUUUUUCAAUGUCGGCGCCGUUGGUGGACGGACACGGGAAUUUUGGGUCGUUGGACGAUGAUCCGCCGGCGGCGAUGCGAUACACGGAGUGUCGGUUGAAUAAGGUGAGCGAGAAGGCGUUGUUGGCGGACAUCGCGAGCGAGUGCGUGGGGUUCACGGAGACGUUCGACGGGAGUCAGACGGAGCCCGAGGUGCUCCCGGCGCGCGUGCCGAAUCUGUUGAUCAACGGCUCGAGCGGUAUCGCGGUCGCGGUGGCGACGAACAUGGCGCCGCAUAAUCUCGGUGAGGCCGUGGACGCGAUGUGCGCGCUGGCGAAGAAUCCGGAUAGCUCUCUGGACGAUCUCAUGGCACACCUCCCGGGGCCGGAUUUCCCCACGGGUGGCGUCGUCACGAAUAAGAGCUCGAUGAAGGACAUCUACGAAACGGGCAAGGGCAAGGUGACGCUUCGAGGACGGGCGACGAUCGAGACCGCGACCGCGUCGCGAGGGACGAUGGAGAAGGCGGUGAUCGUCAUCAGCGAGAUUCCGUAUCAGACGAACAAGGCGAGUCUGGUUGAACAAAUCGCCGACCACGUCAACUCCAGAACCAUCGAGGGCGUGAGCGACAUUCGCGACGAGAGCGAUCGCGACGGCAUGCGCGUUGUGAUCGAGAUCAAACGCGGACACGAUGCUUCGACUGUCUUGGCGGAGCUCUACAAGAAGACGAGGCUGGAAGUGAACUACAACGUGAAUAACGUUGCGCUCGUCGGGAACAAGCCGACGGUGAUGCCGCUUCGAGACAUGCUCGACGAAUUCAUCAAGUUUCGCGUGGACACGAUCGAGCGUCGUACGAGGUUCAUGCUCGGCAAGGCGCAAGAUCGAAAGCAUCUCGUCGAGGGAUUCGCCUUCGUCCUCACCGACGCCGACGGCGUGGUGAAAAUAAUCAGAGGCUCCAAGGAUGGUCCAUCCGCGGCGAAAAAGUUGCGCGAGAAGCACGGGUUGUCUGAGAUCCAAUCGGACGCCAUUCUCGCCAUGCCGCUGCGUCGCUUGACCGGACUCGAGGCUGAUAAGCUCGACGCUGAGUUGAAAGAUUUGAACGGACAGAUAGAAUACUACCAAGGCUUGUUGAACGAUAAAUCCAAGGUGAUUGACGUGCUCAUUCAGGAGGCGCAGGAGGCCAAGACGGCGUUCGCGCGAGAGAGACGAACGACGCUCGAACAAACGGGCCCGUCGGACGGCGUCAUCGAGGACGAGGGUCCGCCAAAAGAUAACAUUAUCACGCUCUCCGAGCGCGGGUACGUCAAGCGCGUGUGUCCGACCAACUUUGGAGCGCAAGCUCGAGGGACGAGAGGCAAGCGCAUGAGCAAGCUCCGCGCCAACGACGAGCUCUCCACGGCGAUGCACUGCAUGGACACCGAUCAAAUUUUGUUCUUCUCCGAUCGCGGUCGAGUUCAAAAGGUGUCGGCGAAGAUGAUUCCGGAGUCGGACCUCAAAACCAUCGGCGUACCGGUGACGAACCUGGUGACGUCGUUUGCCAAGCGAAACCAAAAAGUAACCGCCAUGUUGGCCACGAGUGCCAAAUCCGACGAGGUGUCGGACGACCAGGUCGUCGUCAUGCUCACAGAACAGGGUAGAAUCGCCGUCGCUUCCGCGGCGUGGAUGUUAGGGAACAGAGGCAAGCGAGCGAUCAAGCUCGAGAAGGGUGACAGAUUGAAGCAGGUGAUGUACGCGCGCACUUCGGACCACGUCUUCAUCUCGGGAUCUGCCAGGGACGCAAAGGCGCGAGCGAUGCUACUUCACUGUAAAGUGAGUGACUUCCGCGUAGUCAAGGCGGCGAUCAGACCGGUGGUAGGGAUCAAGUUCUUGAACGACGUCCCGAAGACGAGCGACGACACGAGCGUCGUCGGCGACGACGAAGACGCCGACGAUGAUGCUGACGACGGCGGCGACGAGAUGUUACCCGCGAGAACCGCCGGUAUGGUCAUCGUCUCCGCCGAACGUAUGGCGAACGCGAGCGAAGAGGGCGGACCGUACAUCUCAUUUAUCACCGAAAAAGGCGUCGGUAAGGUUGUGCCCGCCAACGCGUACCGCCUGCUCCGCAAGGCGCGCGCCGGCGUCAUGUGCAUGAAGUUCAAAAAGAACGAACAAGACGCCCUGUCCACGAUCACGCUGAUCGAUCGCCUGGGCGACGACGUCGCCGACGAAGUCUUACUCAGCACCACGAACGGGAUCUCGAACAGAAUAUCCGUCAACGACCUCCCCAGACGCUCCACCACCGACUCCCUCGGCGCCGUCGUCAUCAAGCUCGACGACGGCGACCUCCUCAAAUCCGCCAACCUCCUCCCCGCCGACAUCGGCAAGGAGCUCGAUUAG